AUGAGCACUCAAGAGGAAACAAAUGUUGCUGUACCUGGUGUAAGCGUCCCACCUGAUGCAAAAUUUGAUCUAACCAACCGUCUAGCACCUUUUAUGGAUCUACAUUUUAUGUUUCCACUCAUUGAUUUUUUAUCCAGUAGUGAGUUAUACGAUGAAGAAGAGCUCAUGGCGGCUAAAUUAGCCUUAUUAAAACCAACGAAUAUGGCGGAUUUUGCAGUUGAAAUACAUGAAACACUUCAUGGGAUUGAAAAUGUACCACAGGAAUAUGAAACACGUCGAGGUGAAAUUCUGGAUGCAUUGAGUUUUGCAAAGACCGAGUGUAGUCCCAUGUUAAAUCUCAUUGAAGAUGAAGAAAAGAUUAUGCAAUUACAGAGUGAAAAUCUAUUGAAUGCUACUUAUUUGGAGCAAAAUGAAGGUAUUACACCCGAUGUGCUUGAUGGUCUCUAUAAAUACGCCAAGCUACAGUAUGAAUGUGGCAAUUAUCAAGACUGUCUCACCUACCUUACGUACUAUGGAGUGCUGAUUCCUAACUCGUCGGAGCAGUAUUUGAACGCACUAUGGGGAAAGCUUGCUGCGGAGAUCCUCAUUUUCCGCUGGGAUGAUGCACUAGCUGACAUUUCUCGCAUUAGUGAUGUCGUUGAAAGCAGCACCAUUAUGAGCCCUGUAGAGCAGCUUCAGCAGCGCACGUGGCUGUUGCACUGGUCGCUGUUUGUUUUUGCGUGGCAUGAAGAGGGCCGCGACGCAAUUGUCGACUUUAUGCUGCAGUCGCGUUGCAUCGAGGCUAUCCAGAGCAACGCGCCCUGGCUUCUGCGCUACCUCUGUGCCGGUGUCAUCCUGCACAAGCGUCGCCGCAACCUUAUUAAAGACCUGCUUCGUGUGCUGCGUGUUGAUGACAAGGGCUACCGUGACCCCAUAGUAGACUUUGUUGAGUGUCUUUUCAUCAAUUUUGAUUUUGAGUCUGCACGGGAGAAGCUACGCGAGUGUGAGGUCGUGCUGGCUAGUGAUUUUUUCCUCUACGAGAAGAACUCGACAGAUUUUAUGGAGGCUGCACGUUUAGCCAUCUUUGAGAUGUACUGCCGCGUGCACCACACUAUUGACAUGAAAGUACUAUCGUCCAAGUUGGCUAUGCAGGAGGACGGCGAGGCUGAAAAGUGGAUCGUGAAUCUGAUCCGUAGUGCCCGUCUGGACGCUAAGAUUGAUUCUCAGGAAGGACGUAUUGUUAUGGGAACGCCGCUGAACUCGGUUCAUCGUCAGGUUAUUGACAAGACCCGUGAUCUUGCUGCGCGGACUUGUAGCAUGGUGGCUCAAUUUGAGCGCAUGGGUAAGCGAAAAACUUUGCAGUGA